GCUGGCUGGCGAGAGGCAACAGCGCCUCCUCCCCGUGUUGUUGUUGCUGUUGUGGUUGUUUGUUCCGGCGAACGCGUCCUUCGUUCACUUCAGGACGGCAACUUAUAUCCUACGACUGUUUAUUGGAAGGGCGCCUCAGGCACCACCUAGACUAACAGUGCUUAUCGAUAAGGAAAAUUACACGGGAAAGGAGAGCGAAUUCGUAAAUUGGACGAAAAUUUUAAUAAAAAAAACUUUUUAUUAAAAACUGGGUGUUAACGUGAGGACAGACAGUGUAUUGAGUGACCUCGUGUUCAAGUACGACAUUUGGUGAUCUUCUUGUGUCGACGGAACUUCUCUAAUCUCACCACCAUGUUGAAGGUGGUGUUAUUAAUAGCCCUGGCGGCGGGAACCUCAGGAGUCCCCGAGUCGCGUUUCAUCGGACACUAUGCCCAAGCAAGAGACUACCCAGCGCCCGCACCCGCCUACGGUCCGCCCCCGGCUCCUGUCUACGGCCCACCCCCGGCACCGGUCUACGGCCCACCCCCGGCUCCGGUCUACGGCCCACCCCCAGCCCCAGUCUACGGUCCCCCUCCACCUAUUGAAGAAGGGAAAGGCCAAGGAAAAGGGAAAGGUGGAGGUGGCUUGUUCGACUUCGACAUCUUUCAGGGAUUCAAGGACUUCUUCAGUUUUGGCGGCAAAGGAGGUGGCGGCAAAGGAGGUGGCGGCAAAGGCGAGGAGUCCUACGGACCUCCCCCACCCGUCCCUAGUCACGGCUACGGUCCUCCUCCAAAGGCUCCUAAGGCGUCCUACGGACCACCUCCAAAGGCUCCGAAAGCAUCCUACGGGCCACCUCCAAAGGCUCCUAAGGCAUCCUACGGACCACCUCCACCCCCCCGAAGCGGAUCCUAUGGACCCCCUCCCCCCCAAAGGCUCCCUAAAGGGAAAUUAAUGGACACUCCCCCCCCUUCCGGAAAGGCCCCAUCCUAUGGACCUCCCCUCCAAAGGCUCCCUAAGGCAUCCUACGGACCACCUCCACCCCCUCCGAAGGCAUCCUAUGGACCCCCUCCAAAGGCUCCUAAAGGGAAUUAUGGACCACCUCCACCCCCUCCGAAGGCAUCCUAUGGACCCCCUCCAAAGGCUCCCAAGGCAUCCUAUGGGCCCCCUCCACCCCCUCCAAAGGCCUCUUAUGGGCCCCCUCCACAGCCUCCAACGGGAAAUUACGGUCCUCCUCCUCCUCUUCUUCCUCCCUCUGGGAAGGGACACGGCUCAGUGCCCAAGGGCGGCUUCGGACCCCCAAAAGCUCACAGUCACAUUCCAGUGGCACCUGCUCUCCCUCCUCCCGUGGCUCCAGCUCCGUCUUACGGUCCUCCCCUCCAGGCUCCCGUGGCUCCAGCUCCUACCUACGGAGCUCCCACUGUCGAAAUAAAUCAAGGUUAUGGAGCUCCCAAACCGAUUGAUAUCAUUGUUGCUCCUUCUGGAGGACAUGGAGGAGGACUUGGAGGACAUGGAGGAGGACUUGGAGGACAUGGAGGAGGAUAUGGAGGAGGACUUGGAGGACACGGAGGACUUGGAGGGCAUGGGGGAGGACUUGGAGGACACGGAGGAGGACUUGGAGGACACGGAGGAGGAGGACUUGGAGGACACGGAGGAGGAGGACUUGGAGGACACGGAGGAGGAGGACUUGGAGGACACGGAGGAGGAGGACUUGGAGGACACGGAGGAGGAGGACUUGGAGGACAUGGAGAAUAUGUUCCUCCACCUCCUCCCGCAGCUCCAUCAAACAAUUACGUCGCCCCCCCACCUCUCCCUCUGGAAACUGCUCCAGCACCUUCAGGCAACUACGCUCCACCUCCUCCUCUCCCUCUGGAACCUGCCGUGGCUCCACUUCCGCUGGAAAACGUCCCCGCCCCUGCAGAUAACUACGCCGUGCCUCCCCCUCUCCUUCCCCCACCGGUAGCUCCAACUGGCUACCUUGCUCCUGCCCAGACUGUCGCCGUUCCAGCAGGUCCUUCGCUCCCUGUCGUUCCAACUGCUCCGAAUCCUCCAAUUCCCGUGAAGCCUGAUUGCGAAGCCUGUGAUCAGUCUCCUUGGGUCCCCAUGCCUGUAGUAGCUCCUGUGGCUCCCGUGGUUCCAGUUGCUCCUAUUGCUCCUGUCGCUCCUGUUCCAGUUGCUCCUAUUGCUCCUGUCGCUCCCGUAGUUCCAGUUGCUCCCAUUGCUCCUGUCGCUCCCGUGGUUCCAGUUGCACCAAAGGAUCCACUUGGGGUGACCAGUCCUCCAGCCCCCAUCGAUAUCUAUCCGCCAGCGCCAGCUAUCGAUAUCAGAUUGGCACCCACAAACACUGCACCAGCAGAUGAUGGAACAAUAUUCAUUGUCGAUGACACGGCAAGUGGACGUGACCCACGGGUAAUGGAUGAUCCAAUCACCACUCUGGACACCCUUCAGUUUUUGUCAGAUGAUGCUCCACUGACUACGAUCGUUUCCAGUGACGUUAUUGAAACUGACACAGUGUUCGUCGUUGAUGAAGGAGAACCAGAAGUGGUGACAUUGGGUAAUCAGCUGCCAGGAGUUGCCGCUAAUGUCAUCCUAGACACAGAACCACCAGUUUUCGAAACUGGAACUGAUGCCUUUAUCGACACAAGAGCCCAAGAGCCUUUGGAAACUGAGGCGCCAGCACCUAUUGUAGAAACAGAAGUCCCAGUAACUGUUCUAGACACUGAAGCACCUGUGUUCGAAACUGAGGCACCGGCGCCUGUUGGCACUGAGCUCCCAGAACCCGUUCUCGAAACAGAAGUCCCAACAGCAGCAUCACUAGAUCUCUCAGGCGUAGAUGUUCGAACGAACGUUCUGACGCCACAGGAUGCACCGGAGCCACUCAUUACACCAGCAGUUCUUGUGGAUUCAUUUCCACUCAACCCAAAUGAUGUUAUGUUCAGACUGACAGAUUCCGAAGUAGUAGAGGUGGGUCAGCCUCAGUUCAUUUCAUCCAAUGAGGGCACAGCUGGUCCUUCCCAGUUUGUAUCCAUAAGUAAUCCAGAGGUUGUCAGUGUUGGGGAACCUGCAUCAAUUUCUGUUUCUGAUGCGAAUGUAAUCGGUGUUCAGCAACCGAGAGCCCAAACAGAUGUAGGUACAGUCCAGAUUCAAGAAGGCUUCACACCAAUCAUCGUCCCGAAUGUUAACGAGAAUGUCGUUAAUGCUGGUCAGCCGCAGUUUAUAGACCAAAGCUUUGGACAGGCACAGCCAGGGAUACCCCUUAGCGUGUCGCAGCCUCAGUUAACUUCUGUGUCACAGCCGCAAGUUAUCUCUGUCUCCCAGCCUCAGAUUGUAUCAGUCUCGCAGCCCCAGUUUCAGCAGCAGACGAGCCAAGUGACAGUGACUCAGCCUGACGGAAACCGCAUCGCUCCUCCACAGCUCAGCAUCACUCAUUCCUCUCCCACAUCAUCCUCACACGGAGGUCUGCAAGUAGCCCAGCCCCAUAGCUUUGAAUCACAGAUCACUGAAGGUGGCGUCAGUGUUCUGGACGUUGGGACACCCCAGUUUACUGGCUCAAGCCAGGGAGUUCCUGGAGACAGUCAGGUUGUCUCGUUAGGUAGUCCCCAGAUAGUGUCUGUAAGUGACCCACAGAUUGUCUCUGUGUCUACUUCACAAGAUUCCUCUGUAUUUCAGUCUCAGGAUAAUCAAGUGUUAACUUCUACUGCUAACUUUGGAGUUCCAUUGUUUGCAACAUCAGCUCAAGGAUCCCAGUUCAGUAAUAAUGAUUUCCAGAAUCAGCAACAGUCGUUUUCACAAACAUCUGGUGGGUCAAUUAUUCCUGCAGAGUUAAUUGCUGCACUACCACCCACUUUUGAGUCAAUCUCUGGAGUGGAACAGAAUGUUAUUAGUCAAGGUAGCCCAGCAGUACAACCUCCUGCCCAAAUAUUCAAUGCUGAACUUGUGUCUUCAUCUAUCUCAGAACCAGAGUCCUUUGUUUCCAGUGGACAAACUGUUGAUAUUAGGCAAGAAAGUCUACCUCAUGGUGGAGAAGCAUCUAUUAUUCAAGCAGACUUAUUGUCUUACUCGCCACCAGACUUAAGCUCGGUUUCUGGAAUCAGAGAAAGUCAAAACUUUGGUCAGGCAGGAUUUGCAGUUUCUAAUUCAAAUCCGAGCAGCUCCAUUAUUCAAGCAAAUGUUGUAUCAUCAUCUCAAGACCUUGGAUCAUUCGCAAGAGGUAGUGAACAGACCAUUUUUUCUCCACAGCAGACAAUUCUUGAUAGUCAAGUAGGAACAGUCUCUAACUUUGAAAGCUCACAGGGGUCGGUUAUCCCAGCAGAUCUGUCCUUCUCCAAAACUAACAUUCUCACAGAGGGAAAUAACCAAAUCUCGUUUGUUGGUCAGUCUUUUGGAAGCCCUGUUGAUAAUCAAGUAAUAUCUGUAUCCCAGCCACAAAUACAGGAUAUCUCACAACCUGAGGCUGUUCAUUCAUUUAGCAAUCAGGAUUCUUUCUCCGUCAACCAAGGAUCUUUCGUCAACAAUCAAGAUUCCUUUGCUAACAGUCAAGGAUCUUUCAUCACCAACCAAGAUUCCUUCACAAGCGGUCAGGGAUCUUUUAUCAGCAAUCAAGGUUCCUUUGUUAACAGUCAGGGAUCUUUUAUCAACAAUCAAGAUUCCUUCGCUAACAGUCAGGAUCUAUUCAGUAACAACCAAGGUUCCAUUGGUGUCCCACUGGGAGCUACGUCACCUCAGUUCGAUAACACUUUCUCUUCUGAGCAACAAUUUUCAGGUGGAAACAGCCAGUUUGUAUCAGGUCCCACUUUCACUGGGGAGACCUUUGGCGAUACAGGCAUUAGCCAGGUAACCCAGGUCUCUUCCUCUGAGCCUCAAAUCAAUCAAGUGUCGCAGCCAGAAUUACUGCACUCUUCGUUCUCAUCUGCCGAUGUGCAAGAUUCUCUGGGCAUUUCAAUCACCUCGACUUCCGCCCAAGUCAAAACUCCAGACAUGAGCUCUUUGCCACUUGCAGACUCCGCCUCCUCCUCCUUCUCUGUAUCUUCCUCCUCCCCUGAAUUCCCUCCCUUUUCGAGCGCUCAAGACGUAGCCAACGACCCAUUCAAUUCUGUCGACGUCCCAGCCCAACCAGCAGUUGUAGUCCAAGACAACUUUGCACCGUCCUUCCAGCAAAUUAUUAGAGAGACGCCCCCUCAGUUGUCCUAUCUUCCUCCUUCCAACAGUGCUGCUCCUCUUGGUAAUGUAGUGGAUGUCCGUGGCUCGACUCCACUAGGAACAGGCAGUGCAAACACUGCUAAGAGCUUGCUUCAGUCGCAGACUGUGAAUACAGUCAACAGUCAGUCUAGUGAUUUUAGUCAAAAAGAUGUUAGUGGCGUAAACUUCCGACCAAUACCCGUGAGGAAUACACCUCCAACAGUUGGACCUUUGAAUUUACCUAACUUUGAGCCCUUCAACAGCGACUCCUCAGGUUUCGAAUACUCCUCUCCUGGUCAGAGAGUGCAAAUUUCCUUCGGUCUUCCACACCAGCAGCCUGUAGGCUCUGGCAGGGUUAAUAAUGAGAACGUCAGGCCUGCAAGGAACAUAGGUGCAUUUAAUCUUAACGGUAGCCUGGGUAAUUCACUACUUAGGAGAAACAGAGACAGAGGUGAUUCUAAGCAAAACGAUCUCUUGCUAAACAAAGUAAAACCACCGACAACUACAACCCCAGUUCCACCUACAACUACAGAAGUUACUUCUAUUCCUACCACUACUACUGCUACUACUACCACUACUACUGCUGUUCCAACCACUACCCCUUCAACAACACCCACAACAACAACAACCAGUGUUCCUACUACUACUACUACUACUACUGAAAAGCCAACGCCCAGAACAUGGACAUUCUCUCUAAAGACUUACAGAGCAACAGAAAAGCCCUCAUCAACAACGACUGAGACAUCAACAGCCUUGACCACAACUCCGGAGUCUGGUCUCUCGACAGAGAAGCCCUCCUUGACCAUUAAGCCUCGUUUCCGCGGACGCAAGCGUUUGCGCAGACCCCUGUCCCGUCGCCCAGUAACGUCUACCACACUGUCACCUGUUGACGAAGAGAGUACCCAGGUUAGGCAGUGGAAUUCUGGCCUCUUCUCUCUGAGAAAUCGCACAGCCUCCAGACAUAGGAAAACUUCACCCGUACUCCUUGCUGGUGACUUGAGGAAGGAAGGAGAUUCACAAAACAAAGUUAGUAAUGAUACAAAAGUGUUAGUUAGCAAGGAAAAGAAACAGGAUUUGGGAGACGGUAAUUCUGAAGUGUCCCAUGAUAAAGUGACAGAGAAAGAGGAAACCUCCAGUGAGGCCUCUCUUUCAGGGACCACUGACGAGUCCCAGAACGACGUUGUCAGUAGCGUAGACGUCAGAGGUUCCGCAAAGUCAAUCACGAGUGGUCAGUCCGUUUUUGUCUCACCACAGAGAAAUAACUUUGUGUUCCCUCAAAGACGUGAUCCCAUCCUGCCCUUUGGUACACGCCUUUCCCGCCCGAGACCCACUUCCCCAUUAACUAACCCCACAGCUGAAAAUGUGCAACUGACUGUUUUGUACUUUUCAAUUUUAAUAUUUUACUGGCUAACUUAUAACCUCAUUCCAGGCCCCUCCCCACUAACCUCGAGCAGGACUCUCUCUGAGAUGCAGGCUUCACAAAACCUUAUUAACUCAUUGGACCAAACCAGACCCUUUCAGCAAUUUCAGUCAGGCAAAUCCCUCACGCUUCCAAAACCUGAUACCCCCAGUAACACCAUAACUGACAAAACUGAGCUUAACCAAUCCCCAGCACCAAUCCAACUAAACAUGCUACCUGUUAUGACGCAUCUUAACCUGCCUUUUGUCGUUGCCUCAGUUAACCUACCUGCAAACAAUGACACAAAUGACCCCCCAUCUGAACCUGAUGAAAUACUAGUUCCUCCACCCACUGGACGUGAUAGGAAACCGACUAACCCACCCCACCUCCAACGCCUCUUCCCAAGCCAGCACAUUCCAGGAACCUUUACUCUCCAUCAAAAUGGGGGAACAUUUACGUCUUCCUCCUCCUCCUCCUCCUCCUUUUCCUCGUCAUCGUCUUCCUCGAAGACGCAAGAGGAAUCGCACCAUACCAAGAGCUCCCAAUUCAUCCAAAACAACACUGGAUCCCUUCUUAGUCAGUCACAAGACGUCACUAGCAGCAGCAGCAGCAGCUCGCCCUUACCCACGACCAGGAGAGCUCACUCCAGAGCUAAAUUAUUUCCAAGUUCAGCAAAACCGACGACUGUCGUCGGUUCUACCAGCCAAGGAAAUGGCAAGGCUUUGCAACAGUCCCACCAGAAUCCAGUCCUGCAACGCCCGUUGACGGAGAAGACGAGGCCUUUGACGCGAGUGGCACAGACACCCGUCUCAGAGGACUACAUCAAAAACUUCCCCGAGGCAGCAGCUCCCGAAGGAUUCCCAGGGGAGGAUCCUGAGGAGGAUACCAUUAAAAACAAUAUCUUCGAGUUGCAGCGCAUCAAUUGAUUUAGUAGAUCCCCACACACCUCUAUCGUUCGAAAAUCAGAUAGAACAUUGCUGAUGCCAUUGCCAUAUACUGUACAUAGCUUCUAUUUAUCUCCUCACUCACUCCAGGUCCGGAAUAUAUGAAUAUAUAUGUAUAGGAAGUUGUCCUCGAAACUCAUGCCUGUAAACAAAACGCCUUCAUUUGUUUUGAAAGAAGGAAACCCUUUGCUCAAGGAGAAUAUGUUUCUGUAUCUCGUAUGAUUACUGUUGAUAUUUAUAGUUGUUGAUGGUUUUGUAUUGUAACGUGUCACGGAAAUUGAAUCAAAAUAUUCCUUUCCUUUUUUGUAGAGUCGUCGUGUAAGCUCUUUUUGGAACAGUGUGUGUACUAAGAAGUAAUGGGCAUAUGAGGUGACUGUAUGUUGAGAAUUAUAGGGAACAAUUUUUUUCAAUGUCUUUAGUACGAUUUUAGUAACUAAACGAAACAAACGUUUACCUGAACUCAUCUCAAUGUACAAAGUCUAAGGUUGUUUCACCGUAAGAUGUUAUUCAGAUACUUAUGCAAAACGUUAAGAAAAUAUUCCUAGAUUAAGUCUGUCUCGUAUACAAGAUACGAUGCCAUGUUACCACCCUCUAACCAGGAUUACCAACUUAUGGAACGUGUAUAUUUCUUCUAGCAAUGCUCUGCGCAAGUUGGUGGUAUCUCAAGAUUUGAGAAAAUCCAUUUAUCUCUAUAUUGUUUAUUUAGGUAAUGCUUGUAACUUAUUACUAAUCAGAAAAUGAAUUCUGAAAUGUAAAUACUUGCUAACGAAGUAGGUUGGUAAUCCUGUUUGAUUUUCUGCCUCACGUUAAUUUUAAGAAUUAUGAUGCAGGUCACCAUAAUAUUUUUUUCUGUUUGUCUCUAUAAGACGUGUUUUUUUCUCUCUCUUUUGUAAAUAAAGAACAAAUAUUACUUUU